UGGGAUCGACUUUUAUUGUCUGAACUAAGAUGGCGGUGUGAAAGACAAGGUUUGUUGUCCAUGGAUGCAAAGUAUGUAUAAGUGUAUCAAUCGAACGGCGCAGUGCACGAAAUAUUUCCAAGCAGCAGGAAGCGGCCCCAAUCUCAACAAAGGAUUUGCGCUGGUGUCAUCUUCUCCACUUAGAAUGAUUGACCCAGCUCUGAAGAGUGUGGUCGCAGACAUAAUUCGCUCCCCCGAGGACAAGCGACUUUACAGAGGCCUGGAGUUCAACAAUGGAUUGAGGGCCAUGCUCAUCAGUGACCCAACGACAGACAAAUCCUCCGCUGCUUUGGAUGUCCACAUUGGUUCAUUAUCCGACCCGCCGAACAUCGCCGGCUUGGCGCACUUUUGUGAACACAUGCUGUUCCUGGGCACAAAGAAAUACCCAAAAGAGAAUGAGUACAGCCAGUUCUUGAGUGAGCAUGCUGGCAGCUCCAAUGCCUUCACCAGUGGAGAGCACACAAACUAUUACUUUGACGUGUCUCAUGAGCACUUAGAAGGAGCUCUUGAUAGGUUUGCCCAGUUCUUCUUGUGCCCGCUCUUUGACGAGAGCUGUAAGGACCGCGAGGUGAAUGCUGUGGACUCUGAGCAUGAGAAGAACCUGAUGAAUGAUGCUUGGAGACUCUUUCAACUCGAGAAGGCCACUGGCAACCCACAUCACCCCUUCAGUAAAUUUGGAACAGGUAACAAGCUGACCCUUGAGACCAGACCAUCUAAUGACGGCAUUGAUGUCCGCCAGGAGCUCCUCAAGUUUCACUCGACGUAUUACUCCUCUAAUCUAAUGGGCCUCUGUGUUUUAGGAAGAGAAUCCCUAGAUGAGCUGACGUCUAUGGUGGUCAAGUUAUUUACAGAAGUAGAGAACAAGAACGUGCCUAUCCCGGAAUUUCCUGAUCACCCCUUUCAAGAUGAAUUUCUAAAACAAUUCUACAAAGUGGUGCCCAUAAAAGACAUAAGGAAUCUGUACGUGACGUUCCCCAUCCCAGACCUGCAGAAAUACUAUAAGUCAAACCCAGGACACUAUCUGGGACAUCUGAUAGGUCACGAAGGACCUGGAAGUUUGUUAUCGGAACUAAAAAGUAAAGGAUGGGUGAAUACACUUGUCGGAGGCCAAAAAGAAGGAGCCAAAGGAUUCAUGUUCUUCAUCAUCAAUGUCGACUUGACAGAAGAAGGCCUUUUACACGUGGAAGACAUUAUCUUUCACAUGUUCCAGUAUAUCCAGAAACUGCGUCGAGAGGGACCUCAGGAAUGGGUGUUUCAGGAAUGCAAGGAUUUAAACAAGGUAGCCUUCCGAUUUAAAGACAAGGAGCGACCCCGUGGCUAUACCUCCAAAGUGUCUGGUUUACUACACUACUACCCACUUGAAGAGGUUCUAGCGGCAGAGUACCUUUUGGAAGACUUUAGGCCAGACUUGAUUGAGAUGGUGCUGGACAAGCUGAGACCAGAAUAUGUCAGGGUUGUUUUGGUGUCAAAGUCAUUUGACGGUGAAACAGACAAGGCAGAAGAAUGGUAUGGUACGCAGUACAAGCAGGAGGCGAUAUCCAUGGAGACUAUCAUGAAAUGGGCCAGUGCUGACCUCAACGGCAAGUUCAAGUUACCGAUGAAAAAUGAGUUCAUCCCGACCAACUUGGAAAUUUACCCUCUUGAGAAAGACUCUGCUUCCGUCCCUGCUUUAAUCAAGGACACAGCAAUGAGCAAGGUGUGGUUCAAGCAGGAUGACAAAUUCUUUCUUCCCAAAGCGUGUCUGAACUUUGAGUUCUUCAGCCCGUUUGCGUAUGUGGACCCAUUACAUUGUAACAUGGCUUAUUUAUACCUGGAGCUCCUAAAGGACUCCCUCAACGAGUAUGCAUAUGCAGCCGAGCUAGCUGGUUUGAACUAUGACCUUCAAAAUACCGUCUAUGGGAUGUAUCUUUCUGUUAAAGGCUACAAUGACAAGCAAGACAUCCUAUUGAAGAAGAUCAUUGAGAAGAUGGCCACAUUUGAAAUCGAUGAGAAGCGUUUUGACAUCAUCAAAGAAGCGUACAUGAGGUCUUUGAAUAACUUCAGAGCAGAACAACCACACCAGCACGCCAUGUACUACCUUCGUCUACUCAUGACUGAGGUGGCUUGGACCAAAGAUGAACUCAGAGAUGCUCUAGAAGAUGUAACUCUCCAGCGCCUCAAGGCUUUCAUACCUCAGCUGUUGUCUCGGUUACAUAUCGAAGCCCUUCUUCAUGGCAACAUCACCAAGAAGUCUGCUCUUGGCAUGAUCCAAAUGGUGGAGGACACUCUGAUUGAGCACGCACGCACCAAACCUCUCUUACCAAGCCAACUGAUCCGCUACAGAGAGGUACAGGUUCCAGACGGUGGCUGGUACGUUUAUCAGCAGAGGAACGACGUGCAUAACAACUGCGGCAUCGAGAUCUACUACCAGACCGACAUGCAGACGACCCACAUAAACAUGCUGCUGGAGCUCUUCUGUCAGAUCAUCUCCGAGCCGUGCUUCAACACGUUAAGAACUAAAGAGCAGCUGGGCUACAUUGUGUUCAGCGGGCCAAGGCGGGCUAACGGGGUCCAAGGUCUCCGCUUCAUCAUCCAGUCUGAAAAGGCGCCACACUACUUGGAGAGCCGCAUCGAAGCGUUCCUUUGCACCAUGGAGAGAUCGGUGGAAGAGAUGAGCGAGGAAGCCUUCCAGAAGCACAUCCAGGCCUUGGCCAUCCGCCGCCUGGACAAGCCCAAAAAGCUGUCUGCUGAGUGUGCCAAGUACUGGGGAGAGAUCAUCUCCCAACAGUAUAAUUUUGAUCGAGAUAACAUUGAGGUGGCCCAUCUGAAGACGUUAACAAAAGACGACGUUAUGCAAUUCUGCCGUGAGCGCCUAACCCUGAAUGCCCCUAAAAGACACAAGAUGUCAGUUCACGUGUUGUCCAGAGAGAUGGACACCUGUCCCCUCGUUGGAGAAUUUCCUGCUCAGAACGAUGUCAACUUGGCCCCUGCGCCCUCUCUGCCCCAGCCGUCGCUGGUCCAGGACAUGACAGAAUUCAAGAGGAGUCUGCCUCUCUUCCCUCUGGUCAGACCUCACAUCAAUUUCAUGGCAGCCAAACUGUGAGCGACACUGGCGCUGCGCCCGUACCGCCACGUAACGUCAAGAAGACUCACAUCUGAUUGUGUGUGUUUAGGGGAGUACAUAUGAAUGUGUAAGGAAGCAGUCUGGAUCAACUAGAAAGAAGUAGAUGCUUGGAAACAUGCGUGUUGUAGAGUUACACAGGACACCAUAGCUGUGAUUAAUGGUAGAGCCUCAUGUUCCAAUUGAAUAAUGAUGUCACAGUCCUAUAUAAGUUUUUUGUGGAAGAGCUUGACAUCACCUGACAAAAACAACUUUUUACUCAUCGUCAUGUUCGUCAGCCUCGUUGCGAUGAUUUUAGUCCUCAGACUAUUUUCAUUUUAAACUGUUCAUACGUUGGGACCCUUUUGAGCUAUUUUUAAUCAGCUUACUAUGAAUAACCUUGCCCAUAGAAAGUUAUUAUUAUUAUUUUUUUUAGAUUUCAACUUAUAAUACUUAAAAAAAAAAAGGACAUCUCAGGGGUACUCAAGUGCUGAUUUAUAGUCUCAAAGUUAUGUUGGUCUGUCAUCUGCAUUAGUUUGUUCAUUGAAAUAAAUUUGAUCAAAUCCUAA